AUGUCGGAAAGCGACAAGUACGAAGUGUUAGAAAAGAUCGGCCAUGGCUCCUUCGGCGUCAUCCGAAAAGUCCGUCGCAAGGCCGACGGCAUGAUCCUCUGCCGGAAAGAGAUCAGCUACCUCAAAAUGUCCCAGAAGGAGCGCGAGCAGCUCCAUGCUGAAUUUCAAAUUCUGUCGACCCUACGCCAUCCAAAUAUUGUCGGCUACUACCACCGCGAGCAUCUCAAAGCUACUCAAGAUCUGCAUCUCUACAUGGAAUACUGCGGAAACGGAGACCUGGGCCGUGUUAUCCGGAACUUGGCAGAAAAGAACCAAUAUGCCGAGGAGUCAUUUGUCUGGAGUAUCUUCUCCCAGCUCGUGACGGCGCUCUACCGUUGUCACUAUGGCGUCGACCCUCCCGAGGUAGGCAAGGCCGUGCUGGGGCUGGGGUCAACAGCGAGGCCGAAGCCGCCGACGGGGGGCAUGACCAUUUUACACCGCGACCUCAAACCCGAAAAUGUGUUCCUCGGCGAGGACAACUCCGUGAAGCUGGGCGACUUCGGCCUUUCCAAGGUGAUGCAGUCGCACGAUUUUGCCUCUACAUACGUGGGAACUCCUUUCUACAUGUCGCCCGAAAUCUGUGCCGCCGAGAAGUACACACUAAAAUCCGACAUCUGGUCAUUGGGCUGUAUCAUCUACGAGCUCUGCACACGGGAGCCGCCAUUCAACGCCAAAACCCACUUUCAGCUGGUCCAGAGAAUCAAGGAGGGGAAGAUUGCACCACUGCCGGCCAUCUACUCGGCAGAGCUCUUCGGCGUUAUCAAGGAUUGCCUGCGAGUGAACCCGGACAGGAGACCGGAUACCGCAAUGCUGCUCAAUAUGCCCGUCGUCCGGCUGAUGCGCAAGGAAAGGGAGGUGGUUGAGUUUAGCAAGAUCCUCAAAGCGAAGGAGGAGUCGCUUAACAGGCGUAUCCGGGAGCUCGACCUGAAGCUGAGCGCACUUGACCAAGAUAAGGCAACCAUGCGCCAGGAAAUCGACGCGUCGCUCCGGAGGGAAUGGGAGGUCAAAGCUCGGCUUGAAAUCGACAGGCUUGUCGCGUUGGAGAUUGAACAGCUGCAGAGGAAGUUUGAGAGCGAGGUUCAACUGCGCGUGGACAUGGAGCUACAGGUUAGGAAAGACGAAGAGGGGCGGCAAGAUCUGUCGUCUUCCAUAUCCAAAUCCGACUAUCCCCACUCGUCAAUAGGGAGCAACGAGGGCGGCGAGCUUUCCUCGGCGACAGACAUUUCGGAGCUCUCUGUGGACUCGCCCGAUGCGUCGAUGCACCCUCUCAAAAAGACAGCUCGCACGCCCUUCGCCAGAGCCCAGACAAUGUUCGCCAUGGCCCCUGCGGGGACGCCGAUGGACAUCGAGAUGGCCUCGCCGUCACCUAUCACUAUCGCAUCACUAUCGCUUUCUCCUCGCCGCAAUGCUGGGACUAAGCCUCCAUUGCUUAACCCAGGGAACAUCUUUGCUGUCGAUCAGCUGGGGCGAGAUGCUCGGUGGGAACCCGCCCAAGACUCCGACUCGGAAUUCGAAGACGACAUCCAGCUUCCAUCGCCAACCCGAAUGAUCAAGUCCAGCAAAAACCCUUUUAACCCCAAAGGACGGCCGCAACUACAUGCCCAGAAGUCGAUGCCAGUCCACCGCUUGCAAUCUAAGCAAUCGCAGGCGCUCCAGGGCAAGACAAUCCCCGUCGCUUCCUCCACUCCUAAUCUGCAAACUGCUGUUAGAACUACCGGUAGCAACGGCGCGCUGCAGGACCGUAGCAACAGCCCCAGUCGCCGCCUGAGCAAGAUCCCGUCAGCCGCCAAUCUCAAAUCCAACAGCGGUGGCAGCGACGGUUUCUCGGCACCCCUCAACCUCAAUCGCAAGCCCUCAAUGGGCAAGAAAGACGGCAGCAGUGACCUCCAACAACAAUCGCAAGCAUCAUCCGCCGCCGCCACCACCGCACAACCGCCAGCCCUCAACAAGCUACCCGCCCCGGGCAAGAACAACAUCCGCGGCCGGACGCUCGUCGAGCUGCAGCAGGCCCGGGCGGGCGGCAGGCCGAUGAGCGCUGUCUUCACUGGUGAGCACCACAACCACGGCCACAACCUCGUCCUCAACACGAACGUUAGCCCCGUUCGUGCGUUCAGGGAGCAUGCGGCCGCGGCGAAUCGCGGGACGGUCUUGUCGGAGCCGCCCGCCGUGUGGGACCCGGAAAGGGACGAGAUGCCGAGUCCGUUUUUGGUGAGGCGGAAGCCGGUGAAAGGGGAGAGGGGAAGUGCGUGA